AUGGCGAUUCUAGGGCAGGGCAAAGAAGAAUGGAAUGCCGGCCUGAUCUCCACGCUCAACUUUGAGAAUCCACCGAGGCGAGACACGGCUCUUGUUGUUGGCAACAUCGAAAAAGACCCCAACGUCGGAGGCUAUCUAGUCCUGGGUUUCAAAACUGACAACCCAGGCGUUUGGUUGCUCCAUUGCCACAUCAUCUGGCACUCCGAGUCUGGGAUGGGUUUGCAAUUCAUUGAGCGUCCCGACGAAAUCCCUGCAAAGGCGUACACGAGCAAAGAGAGCUUCGUGCAAGAGUGUGCAGCCGAGUUGGAGUACGAAGAAGAGGACCCAAGCCACAAAAAGUCCGGGAGCGUGUCUGGGGUGUAA